UUUCCGUUUGUCGCUUGGAGAGAAAUAUUUUCAGCACAGUGCCAAGUUUCUGGUGAAAGUUGUCGUGUGCUGUUCUUGUUAGAGGACUGAAUUUUGGCACGAUGAGUCGAGGAACAACGACAUUAAGCGGCGAAAUUAAGGUGGAAAAGCACCAGAUGAAAUGGGAUCCCAAAACCUUAGAAAUCCGUACGCAUUCGGUGGAGAAAACGCUCGAACCUCUUGUUCAUCAAGUAAGCUUAAAAUUCUCAAUGUUGUUUAUGUCAGAUAAUUCCUAACAACCCAGCACUGAUUCGGCAUGAUUUUACGAUAUGACUCAGGCAAGAGGUUGUUUGUUAAAUUGUGGUUGUUUGUGGAGAAAAACUGCUGGAUCUUAAAGUUCGAUCAGCCGCUAUCGCUACUCAUACACUCUGCAUAUAUAUCGCGGCAUGAGAUUUUUUAACUAAACGAGGUAUAAAUUAUUCGUGAAAACAACAGUUACAGCUAAAUUUUCUUUUGCAAUGCGCCGUGAAGUCCGUCCAAGUAAGCAUUUUCCAUCGAAAACACUAUCUUGUGCGCAGAUUUUUUUCAAGUGACAAUUGGAGAGCGUUGGCCUUGAAAAUUCGUCCCUUAAGCUUGUGAUGGUUGACUUUAACACAUUUUACGAUUACGGAGUUUUAUUAAUAAAUUGACAUUGUCUCCAAUUUAAUGACAGUCAAAGGAAAUUUUUGCUUUACUGUUUUGCCUUUUCAUGAUCGCCAGAUUUUGUUUAUGCCGAAAAUGUAAGCUGUAAACGGUUGAUAAGCUGUUUAUAAGAAAGUUAUAACAACCGGUGUCUCAUUGCACACAAAUUUAUAAAGCAUUUGCGCCAUUUUCUGGAGGGCGCGACCCCUCGAGAGCUUUCGAAUUAGCUCAAUAAAGAGCAAUUUAAGAGGAUCUUUUUAAAUUGGCAAGAACAGAACUUUAUGAGAAUGUUACUCUUGCUUUCUGUGGCAAUUAUUUUUGCCCAACCUCAAGGCUUACUGUAGUUUGCGAAACGAAAUGAAACGAAACGAAAUGAAACGAAACGAAAUGGAACGAAACGAAAUGAAAAUCUGUAGUUUGCGAAAUGAAAAUCUGUAGUUUGCGAAAUGAGAAUCUGUAGUUUUGAGAUUGGAAUCAGAGGCAUUAUGAUCGUUUUACACUGUCGAAAACCCAGAUUUCUUAGUUUGCCGGUUUCCCCGCCGAUAUAUAGAUCAAAGUCUGCAAAGUUCCAGCUCUGUAUUACGGCCCGAAGAAUGGUAAUUUUCGGGCGAACUGCACGGGGCCAUAUUUGUUCUUUUUUUUUCCUUUUCUAAAUCCGGAGAAAGAAAUAAUGCUAAAUCUGCUUUUUAAUACACUGUUAACAAUAAUACCACAUAAUACGCAAAAAAGAAGAAGAAGAAAAGAAAGAACAACGUAUGGACCUUUAAGACGAUAUUCACGGUGGGUCACCCAUCCAGUUUGUAACCCCGACUGACAGGGCUUAACUUGGGCGCCUGAGCUUAAGUUAAACUUUUUUGGGCGAAACAGCUUUUUUGGGGAAAUUUUCUGUUUAGAAUAUCCGAGUAGAUGCAACGAGAAAGUAAAUUGUCAUAACGUAAAAUACAGACUGUCAUUUCGCAAACUACAGAUUCUUAUUUCGCAAACUACAUAUUAAUGAGAAUCUGUAGUUUGCGAAAUGAAAAUCUGUAGUUUGCGAAAUGAAAAUCUGUAGUUGUAGGAAAAAUGGGGGACUACUCGUAGUCUAUUCUCGUUGCGUCUACUCGGAUAUUCUAAACAGAAAAUUCCCCCAAAAGAGCUAUUUCGCCCAGAAAAAUUUAACUUAAGCUCAGGCGCCCAAGUUAAGCCCUGUCGGUCGGGGUUACGAACUGGAUGGGUGACCCACCGCGAAUAUCGUCUUAAAGGUCCAUACGUUGUUCUUUCUUUUCUUCUUCUUCUUUUUUGCGUAUUAGGGUGGUAUUAUUGUUAACAGUGUAUUGAAAAGCAGAUUUAGCAUUAUUUCUUUGUCCGGAUUUAGAAAAGGAAAAAAAAACAAAGAACAAAUAUGGCCCGAUGCAGUUCGCCCGAAAAUUACUAUUCUUCGGGCCGUAACACAGAGCUGGAACUUUGCAGACUUUGAUCUAUAUAUCGGCGGGGAAACCGGCAAACAAAGAAAUCUGGGUUUUCGACAGUGUAAAACGAUCAUAAUGCCUCCCAUUCCAAUCUCCUAUUCCUCUGUCCCUUGUUGUCGGCGUUGCCUUCGCUGUGCUAAGCGAUGUUCCUUCUGUAUUCUCCUUCGUUGUUCACACUGAAUUUGAAGUCGGCAUUCUCCAGAGGAUUUUCAUUUCGCAAACUACAGAUUUUCAUUUCGCAAACUACAGAUUCUCAUUUCGCAAACUACAGAUUUUCAUUUCGUUUCGUUCCAUUUCGUUUCGUUUCAUUUCGUUUCGCUCCAUUUCGUUUCGCAAACUACAGUAAGCCCAACCUCAAUGAUUUUGCAGUCAUAAAAGGCUUAUUCAAGUGUGACUUUACCUUUCGUUCCCAUAAUUAUAAAAACAUAAGAUUCCGUAUGGGGUACGUAGCAUUGUCUGAUGAGAUUUAUGAAAAUUCCUUUUUCAAGCCUUUAUUGUGACUGUUUGUAACUGUUUUAAACGGUGGGAAAAUUUAUACUUUAGCAGAGCCUGGUACUAGAAAAUCUCAGAUUUUUCAUACAAAUCAUAUGCUGGGCACCCUAGAUCUUACAGUUUCAGAGCACUGUGCUCCCUUCAAUUUCCCUUAGAGUACAGCCUUGUGUAUUAGUUAAGUCUUGCAUCCUUCAGGCAUUGCAAUGUUGAAGGGUGUCUGUUGCCAAUUUUUGAGGCAACUUGCCCGAAUACUUCAGUUGGGGAUUUGGGGGGAUACGAUGCGGCCAACAAUGCAUAGAGGUACUCACUUUUAGCCUUGCACCCUGCAUACAUGUACCUUUAAUUAAAAAGUAUUGUACCAUGCCAAGUAUGAUGUGAAGAAUUAUGCAGAUUUAGGAAAGUGAUAUUUGCUGAGGCCAAAGGCAGAGGCAGAUAACAGCAUCCAAGAAGUGCAUAAUUCUUCAUACCAUACAAAAGCAGAAUUCAAUAUUGUUUUUUUGUUCAUUCAAAAUAUUUCAACAUGCUUUAACCUCUACACUGUAUGUGAAGUUCCCAUCUUAAAAAAAUUUGCUUGAUGGUGAUAAAGGGAUGUUUAUUCUUCAGAUAUUAUUUACAUAGCAAUCAUUAUCUGUCCAAUGAUAUAGUUGUGUGUUCUUGCUAUGUUUUUGAGGUGCAAGUGGCUUGGCUAUUUUUUCUUUGCAUUUCUACACAGUGAUUUGUUAUCUCCCCGCGUCCUGUGUACCUGACAUAUAAUAAUCCUCAAAGACACCCAAAAAGUCGUGGCAAGAAUCCCGCAGGAGGCAAAGAACGAUUGAUUGAUCAAUCUGAAGAUGUUUUUGUAGAAUGUCAUGUUCAUGUGAUUUCUGUGGCUGUCCUUGUGGCUGUUUUUUAAAGACGCAUAUUUCUUUUAGUCUUUGUUGUGCUUUACAAAAAAAUCUAUUUUAUCUGUCUGGUCACAUAAAGGCCCAAGCAUGAUUUUUCAAUUUAGGAUUUUUUUUUUUUUUUUAAGUGGGACUCAUUAUUAAUUUGUUCAUAUGCAAAAUGAGUCCCAGGACUACUCACCAUAACUAUUUGUAAGAAAAUCACUCAUUACAUGCAAAAUCUUGUGCCAUUUUCUCUAUUUCUGCUUUGCCUAAACGGCUGAGCCAAGGCUUCAGGCGUCUCUCUUCCUGGACUGUAUUGAUGUCGGCAAACUUCUUCCAAAUUUAUGGUCAAUGCUAACUGGUUAUAAAGAAUUUUGAGCCAAUCAGAAACAGAGAAACUUUUUGAAAAAAUACUAUAAUAACAUGUUUUAAUGCCUUUUUAUAUGAGAUUGUAGGAAAAUGAAAAUUUAUUUUAAAGUAUUACUAACAAAUCAAAAUCCAAUUUAAAAACAAAAUUUUUUGUCAACCAAUAUCACACACACAAGUGGAUGUUACAUAGAGUGCUUGCUUUGCGGCCAUGUUUAUACACUGUUAUGAACUGGUUCUGACUUCAUUCUUGCAUUGCCCAUUAAACAUUUUAGUGGUAAUUAAAGAUUAUUGAGUAGGUAAAUACUUUGUUCUUUUACUCCUGCAUAUAGUAUAAUCAAUCUUUUUGACAUCUGAUUAUAUUUUCGCUGUAUUUCAGGUAACAACUUUAGUAAAUCAUCCCAAGAAAAAAGGUAGUAAGCUUGGAAAAUCCAAAAAUGCACACAAACUUGCACAGGAUAUUGAAGAUGCAAAUGUGCGACUUAUCAAAACAGGGGAAGACAUCGCUCAAGAGUUUGCUGAAAUCAGGGAAGAAAUGCUAGCUGCAUGCAAGGACUGCAGAGGGGCAGGUAAAGGGUUUAUUGUUGUUUUGUCUACAUCCUUCCAACACCUCUCAAAAUAAUGUUAACACUAGAUCACUUCUCAACGUUUUCAUGAUCUAACACCCCUCACUAAAACCUUAUGGAAAAAGGAUUAGAUGCUUGGAAGAUUAGAAGAACUGGGCUUGGGCAAAAUUAUUACAACAGAGACAAAAGACAGAGCAUUGAUCAUAGGUUUUUUCUCAUGAUAUAUGUAAAAUUCUCAUCAAAUUAUGUAAAGAAGCUAGUGAUUUAUUUUUGUCUUUCUUAUAGGUGACUCAAUGCGUGUAGCUGCUAAAGAGUUUGCCGAUGAUCCUUGUACUUCAACCAAGAGAGCCACCAUGGUGAGGGCAGCUCGAGCCUUGUUGUCCUCUGUGACAAGGCUGCUAUGUGUUGCAGAUAUGGCUGAUGUAUACCGGCUCCUGGCAUCACUUAAACUGGUCAGUUUGUCUUUUUUCAUUGUAUAUUCAUCACUGUCAAACUACUUGACACUUGUGUACACGAUUCAGGUCAAAUGUUUUAAACCUAGGUUUAUUCUCCAUUUACUUUGUCUUCUAGCUCUGAUUAUUCAUGAAUUAGGGCUAGGAAACAAAGGAAAUUGGGAAUCAGUGUAGGUUAAAAAAUUUUGAUCUGAAAUAUAAUUUUGACCUGUAACAUAUACAUACAUGUGGAUUACGAAGAAAAUACAGUAUCAUAUACUUCAGUGCACAAUGUACUUCUGUAAUUUUGCAGGUAGAGAAAAGACUGAAGGAACUUGAGAAAGCUAGUAACACUGCAGAUCUGCUGAAUUCUUUUAAAAAUCUUGGAAAUGACCUGAUGGACUUAGCCAAGCUGUCUGGAAAAAGACAAGCAGUGAGUCCAAUCAUGCAAUAAAAUGAUUAAUAACUAUAAUAAUAAUCUACAGUUUUUUGACUAAUAUGUUUUUAACAAAGCUUGCAGUAUUUAUGUCUUUUAUUUGUGCCCUAAUGCUCCAAAUUUUAGAAAAGAAUUUGCAUUCUCUAACAAGCAAAAAAUCUGUAUGAACCCUUUACAAUGUACAGUGUGCUUGUAUUGUUUCAAAGAAUUAAAUCUGGCUCGUAUGACUUCAACCUAGCCUUGCCUUUACAUUUUUUAGUACAGUUUUUUGUAACCUUCCAGAAAAUUCCACUAUGGUGUAGCCAAGACUCCUGGAAUUGAUAUCAACUGACAUUGUAACUAAAAUUUCAGGAUUUGAAAGACCCACAGAGAAAGGAUGAUAUGGCAGCUGCAAGAGCUACACUAAAGGAAUCAAGUAAAAUGCUGCUGUCCUCAUCUAAGGUCAGUUCAUUUAGAUUCAAACUCUUUACCCUUGGCAAUAGUUUAGUCAGAGCAGCGGUUGUGUUUGGGCAACAAAUUAUAAGAGAAUCUUAGGAUUUGCACAAAAACUUAAUGCUCAUGGGUACAGGAAUCUCAUACGGUUGCCUACAUUAAACUUAUCAAAAUGAAUCCAAAUGAUCAGCAAGCUAGCUGUGUUUUUGAUCCACAAAGAUUAGCUGAUAACACUUCACCAGUGAUUUUGUCACCCCUGCAUCCUGCAUCCCUGGCGGAUAAAAGUUCUCAAGGACGCAGAAUAAUUGAAGGCUUGCUCCGAUCAAUCUAAAUAGUUGUUUUUGAAGAAUGCCUUGUUUGCAUGAUUUCAUUUGGUGGGAGGAGGGGGGGAGGAUGUGGGCGCUGCUGAAUUUGACUGAUGGAUAGUAUUAUUACAGAGAUAAGUGCAUUGCUAUGGAAAGUAGACUGCAGAUUAAACGUGAUUGUCUGGUUUCAUGAGAGUUCUGGCAUCUUUUAAUAUAGGAAGGAUUCAUUGGGUUUUGAACUGGGACUCAUGAUUUUUCAUGAGAUCUCACCAUAGCAAAUUGUAACAAAAUCACUCCUGCACAAGUAAAGCGAUGAAACUUGAAACCCUGUCAACCCCUGAGGGCUACCCUGCAGGUCAUGUACUGUAGAUGGGGAAGACUGCUGGCUGCACUGGCUCGAGCUUAACUUUGCCUAAAUGAUAUUUAGCCCAUCAAAAUACUUUUUGGGAGACUAUCCCUUAAGGGAAAAAAUGGUAACUUCUCUUACAUCACACUUCUUGUCUGUUUGUUUUCAGGCAUAUGUACGUCACCCUGAAGUUGCUUCAGCAAAGGCCAACAGGGACUUUGUGAUGAAGCAGAUGUCAGAAGCUGUGAAUGCCAUCUCAGGUGCUACCCAGGCCACUGGUACAAGUGGACCACACCCAUUGGAGGCUCCAGGAGCACUGGCCACAGCUUUAGAUGAUUUUGAUGUAAGUAAGAGUAAUAGAAGAGCUGCCCAGGAAAACACAGUUUGUUUGCUGUUAUCCCAUUAAAGGAUACGCAUGAGUUGACUAACUCUUCUAAUGGUUUUCAUUGAUUUGUGGGAUAGCUAACGAUCUGGACCAUUCAACGGAAUAUCAUUAGUGUACGUUUUUCCAAAGAAGUCACAAAUGUGUAAAUUAGGUCAGACACAAAUUAUGUGGUGUUAAUUAAGGUUAUUGGAGCUCAAACAUGGAGGUUGUUGUUCCAAUGUCAAGUUCCUUCUGUUGCAGCUUUUCCCUAGACUAAAGGUUAUUUCUCUCAAUGCGAUGGAGGAAAAAAAAGCACAUUGUCAAAGACGUAAUUUAACCUCAGUUAGUAAUGUCUGUGAAGCAGUGCCGAUAUCCUUGUUCUUGGUCACCGGCGGACUCAACGAAUUACUGGAAAUGUUCUUCCAAUUUCCUUUCAUCUUGAUUGGCAAAUCCACAAUGGCUUUUUUAAUGGGCUAGUCAUGGCACUUACUCAAAUCCUGGUUACCAGGAUUUGAGUAAGUGCCAUGACUAGCCCAUUAAAAAAGCCAUUGUGGAUUUGCCAAUCAAGAUGAAAGGAAAUUGGAAGAACAUUUCCAGUAAUUCGUUGAGUCCGCCGGUGACCAAGAACAAGGAUUUUGGCACUGUCUUGCAAAUAGACUUAACCAGAGUUUAGUUUCAUCAUCUAUGACACAAGCUAUAUAUAUAGUUACUUUUAGCAAAAAACUUCACCUAUCCUUAGCCAUGUGGGCUUCAAGUUGCCAACAGCAUUGUGCUAUCUGUGCCAACGUACUUUGUAAGACACCAGUGUAGAAUGUUAUUCACAGUACAUGUAAAAUUUGUAGAAAGGGAUAAAACUCUCUUGACUUAACUGGCACGUUUACCUUUUCAGUCUCAAAUUUCAAUGGAUCCCAGUGCUUAUUCAGAGAAACGCACCCGUCCAACCUUGGAACAGCGUCUUGAGAGCAUUAUCAGUGGAGCAGCACAGUUAGCAGAUUCCAUUUCAACUAGAGAUGACACACGUGACAAGAUUAUUGCUAGCUGUAAUGGGGUGCGACAAGCCCUCCAAGAUCUACUCUCAGAGUACAUGAAUCAUGUGAGUAAAAAUAUCAUUGUAUGGCCCCAAGGACAUAAACCCAGUCUGCAUUAAUGGCAAGGAAGUUACAAAUUGAACAUGUAACACAUGUUCUAUCUCUCUUUUUGUGAGAGUUUACUGUAAGUUCAUCAACUGUACUUUAGGAAGAGAGGAACAGCAUGAACAGAUGGUGGGUGAUUCUUGCUUUUUUCCUUCUCUCCUGCAGGCCACAGGGAAGAAGAAAGUCACUCCUGGCGGCUCUUUAGAUCAAGCACUAGAGAGGAUGUGUAACAGGACACGAGAACUCAGAGGACAGGUAAAAGAGAAAUUUGAAAUUCAGUGAUAAAAUAUUCUUUUAGUUGUGGUUAGAAUCUUGAUAACUAUGGUUUAACAACGUUGAGAUGUCCUUUCCCCCAGUUGCGUCGUGCAGUUGUGGACCACGUUUCCGAUUCAUUCUUGGAAACCACCGUGCCAUUGUUGAUGUUAAUUGAAGCAGCUCAAGCAGGGAAUGAGAGAGAAGUAGAGGAAUGUGCUAAGUUGUUCAUUGAUCAUGCUACUAAACUUGAAGAGGUAAGUUUGUGGUUUGUAGUUGUCAGAAGGUUAAAAACCCAGUUCUGGAUUUUUUUUUUUUUUUUUUUUUUUUUUACACUACAAAAAUGAAGAUGAUGCAUUUACAAAUAGGGUAAUGAUUUCAAAUGAUUCAGCACCCUUUAAGUGUGGCAAUUUUGAACCAGCUUAACCCCAGUUAAGUGCCCCCUCAAAUAAGAGCCCCAUUUGGGCCAAAAAAGUUAGUAGGCCCUGCCCUGAAUAAGCCUUCAGCCCCAAUAUAAUCAAUGUCAAAAGAUGUUAAUUCUGUUAGUUUAAUAUGGAAAAUAUUAAUACUGUAGUUAAAACAAUUCUGUGUUUCGUCCAACUUUCAAAAAAACCACACCCCUCAAAUACAACUAUAAAUUACUGCCCUUGGAUAAGCACCUUAUUUAAUGUGUGAAAAAUUUAAUAAGUGCCACAGCGCUUAUUCAAGUAAAUACAGAUGUACUGGUGCAAAUAACGAGACAAGUCCUCUUUUUAUUUCAUGCCCUGUCAUCUUCUCAAGUAUCAUCAUUAACUUACACCAAUUGAUUUGUUAAAUUCACCAGGUAGCCAAUCUUGCCUGUUCAAUGUCUGUAAACCCCGAGAAGGUGAAGAUGGUGAGAUUAGCAGCCAAACGCCUGCAAACACUGUGCCCUCAAGUGAUCAAUGCUGCUCGCACUCUUGCAGCACGUCCCCACAGCAAAGUGGCACGUGAAAACAUGGAUGUGUUUAAGGAAGCAUGGGAAAAACAGCUACAAGUCCUGACAGAGGCUGUUGAUGACAUCACCAGCAUUGAUGAAUUCCUGGCCACAACAGGUGGGGUAAAAAAUGUGGAGUAAGUGUUUUUCAUUUUUGUUGUUGGGUAAGGAGACCCAAUUACCCUUUUGAAUUUUGUUUAUUUUCUGAAUUUUAGAAAGCAUUCACAAUGACUGUUUCCCAGUCUCACUUAAUAGACUUAAGCUAGUUUGAAUUGCUGCUACAUGUGAAUGAUAACUACACAGAUUGAAAAAGACCUAACAUUCCUUUGUGGAGAAACACUUUGCUACAUGUAUUACUUUACAGAGUAAAAACCCAGAAUAUUUUGUUCCUCUUGCAAUGGUUUGUUUAUUGACAAACUCAAGGAAACUACACGCGGUUUUAAUCACAUUUCCAUGAACAAAAGGUCAAAUGUCAAUCACUUUUUCAAAUCUGAAAACUCAGAAAUUCCAUUUAGUGUGCUGAUGACAAGCUCAAAGAAUAUUUUCCGAAAUAAACUUAAAAUUUUGAAAACUUCAAUGCCCAUUUUCUUUCAUCUAAUGCUAUGCAAAAUUAGUUGGUUUUGCGCAGGAUGGGUCAUCGAUAAAAUUUAUGCCAAAUAAUAAUUAGUGCUACUUCACUAAUUUUCGUGCUGUGCAUUUCUCAUAGUGCUUGAUGAGAAUCAUGCAGUUUGCCAUGAUUCUCGUCAAGCAGGAAAUGAGAUGCAAUUGGUAACUUACUUUUGAGCGGUAUUGUAUUUUCCAUCAGAGGCACAUAUUUUGGAAGAUGUGAACAAAUGUGUCCAAGCGCUUCAAGACAGAGACCCAGAGACAGUUGAUAGGACCGCUGGACAGAUUAGGGGACGUACAGCCAGACUUGAAGAUGUUGUGAGUGCUGAAAUGGAGAACUACCAACAAGGGCCCUACACUGAUAAUGUCAUGAGAGCAGUCUUGGUUAUGCGCAAUGAGAGUAAGUUGAUAGUUCGUCAAGACUUAAAACAUCAGAAUGACUCAUCAUCUGGUCACUUUAUCUCCUACAGGUGGUUGACUCCUGACCAUACUAUCUGACAAUAGUUGUCCUCUCUCUCCUGUCUAAUAGACCCCUCUGUGAGAGGUUAAUUUUGAAUUGGACACCCUUCUCUAAUAAACACCCCAUCUGAUAGAUGCCCCCCAUCACUUUUACGCAAAAAUAUUAGGAAUUAGCAAAAAGGAGCAAAAUCGUUAGGGUUAUAUGUGCAUUGGAUUUUGCUCAGUGUCAUCUUCAAAGUAAGGAUAGAUUAACAAAGACAACAAAAUGACCUUGAGCCUUGAGCGAGGAUUCUGACCUUGAAGUUAAGAUAUGAUCAUCUCUACUGAUCAGCCUCUUCACAUUUCGCUGAAAGAAAGAUUAUUACAAAAAUAAAGACAAUCGCCUCUCUGUUUUAAAGGCCCACUAUCUAUUAAUUAAAUGCCAUCUCCAUCAUGGACCCCUAAAAUUAAAUAGAUGCCUAAGAAAUCUAUUAGAUUAUUUAAGGUAGUCCAAUUCUCCCUUUAAUUUACGGUACAAGCACAUGCAAGGAAAAUUAGAAAUUAAUUGGCAGUUAAUCAGAAGUCUCUUAGGACUUCAUUCUAGGCACCCCUUCGGUGAUUGAGGAUUUUUUAAACUUUUCACUCGAUCUCAAAAUGUUGGAAGCACUUUUGAGCAGUGUUGAAUUCUCAUGUUUUUCUUGGAUUUUUAAAAUUUUUUUAGCAGAGUCUCAAAUUUUGAAGUCAUGUCUAUGAACCUUCCCUUAUCUUGUGACUGAUUUUUUUAUAAUUAUGUUUCUUCUUUUCAGUUAUCCCUCACUUUGCACAGAAUGUGGAGAGGUCAGUGACCUCGCUCGCCAAAGAUCCUCAUGGAGAAGUUGAUGAAGCACAGUUUAUUGAUGCUUCGAAACUGGUGGGUAAAAAUUUCUUAAUCUCUUGACUCAUGUUUUUGACUCAUGUGUAAAUAUAACCAAACUCCUUCGUCCCAUGCAUUAGCACCCAUGCAUUUGAAGUACAUGUACGCUAAACAUUGUAUAUACAUGUCCUUUUAGGUGUAUGAAGGCAUCAGAGAUAUAAGGAAAGCUGUUUUAGCUGGGAAAGUAAGUGUACUUUUUUGUCAUAUAAUUUGCAACGUGCUGUACAAAUUGUUUUUCCUGCAGUUAUGUGGUUAUAAGGUUCAAUCUAAGUACGUAGAUACAAUGUUAGUUCGUCGGGUUUCUAAGCAUAAAAUAUGUUCCAAUAAGAAUUGGAGAUUUUGUAAAUUCAUUUUCUCAAAAUAUUCUGAUUUUCCACAAUAAAAGAAAACUUUAAGAUGUCUAUUAUGGCAAACAUCUUGUAAUGACUAGUAAAGAUAGUGGCAGUGAUAAAAAGAAUCAGUAUUUAAAAGACGUCGGAAGAGGCACUUGCUUUCACUUAUUUGUCAUCAAAGAAGACUUCUCUAACUGAAAUAAAUAGAUUGUAUGGAAAAUUGACAAUUGGAAAGGGGAUAGCAGUUCUUUUCAGUUAGGAUGGGGAGGGUAGCGUUGGAAGUUUCUAUGUGUUUUCUGACAGAAACCUAAGGGUUCAGGACAAACUUAAAGGUUACCAUCUUUACAUUGACUUAACAUUUUGCUGACGGUUGUAGAUUGCGACUUAGCCAGGUGGACUGAUAUUAGUUAAAACCUUUGAAAGAUCAUUCACCAUUUCUGUUAGGUUCUCAUUGGUAAGAUAUGAGUCACAGACUGAGUGCGCAGAUUAACAGUGUCCGUAAAGCAGGAUUGAUGAUAUAUGGAACUUUAUGACUCAGGACAAAGGAAAAUUUCCGUAUUAACCGGUGUCCGUAUUAAGCGGGUUAUUUUAGAGAAAAUAGAUAAGCUUUAGGUUCGGAGGACAAAGGAGGCUGUUCAUGUACAUGGGUGUCCGUAAAGCGGGGUUCCACUGUACAUCCUAAGUUUUUUUCUUCUAUCCUUACAUUAGGCAGAAUUUUUACAUAAAUGACAUGUACAGUCAAAUCUCAAUUGUAAUGUACCUAUUGUAAAUUAAAUUAUUACUGCAGAAUCGCGUGUUUCUUUUCCUUAUUUAUGCCAAGUACACAAAAACGCAUAAAGAUACAUCGUUUCAUUUAUUGUAAUAAAUUCACUAAGGACUUUUUUGACAUUAUUGAGAAAUCUUAUGUCACGAAUAGACAAACAACAACAACAAGUUUAUUUCAAAUUAAAUAUAGCUUACAAAGCUUGUGCCCGCAAUGAACGAAGGCUAUUCGAGGCUGCGCGAAUCUAUCUCGUUCGCGUUACAAGUAUCAAUCUAUAAUUAUUCCAGUCGCACUAGAAUCACAUACUCUAGUUGGUUUUCUUUCUGACACUUUUCAAACGUGUUUUUUCAGAACCGUGAAACUGGUGGAGUGGGUGAAGAGUGUGAACUGGAGGAUACAGCAGCAGAACUCUUUGCUGAAGCUCAGGCACGCGCACGAGAACAAGCUGCUUAUGAACAACUCAAAGCUAGUGGUAAGUGUUAGAGAAAAAAAAUGUAAUGCACACAGGAUUUGUAGAAAAACUAGAAAGCUUUAGAAUUUAAGAAUUUUAUUUUCUAGGCCUGGAAAGUCAUGGAAUUAAGUUGUUGGUUCUGGAAAUUAUGGAAAAUUUAAGUUAUGUUUAGUAAGGACAGUGUGAUAAAGAGAUGAGAAAUUGAACAGCGCGAACGGCACGCGUUUUGGUGGACACCAGAGUUUGUGUCUGUUGAACUGAGUUAGGUAAACAAGAAAAUUUUAAAACAAGAAUAGUAUGAAAAUUUUUGCAAGUGACAGCUAAAAAGUAGCUAAACCUGGGGUCAUGGAAAACUGGAAACGGUCAUGGAAAAAGUAAUUGAAAGUCCUGGAAUUUGAAGAGCUCGUAAGAGUAUGAUCCCUGAAAGGUUUUGAAGUGCAGUAGACCCCCGAUAACUCAAACUCGGAUAACUUCAACUCCCCGCUAACUCGAACUAAGUCCAAGUUCCCUUGGAUUUCACCACACUUUCCAGUCAUUUUUGCUCGGUUAACUCGAACACGGAUAACUCGAAUUCCCUGCUUACCUGAACUAAAUUUCCUUUCCCUUGAUAAAAGUUUCACUGAAAUUUACCCAGAUAACUCGAAUUCUGCUUCUUGUAACUCCACUUUGAUGCCAUCCCAUUUGCUCUUCUUGCUUCUUGCUAUGAUCGGCAAAAACACUAAGGCUAUAACUACGUCAAUUUGAUUUUAAUUGGUGCAACGAACAGAUCACGUUUUAUAAAAGAAAGGCAAAAUCAUGUUACCAUUUCAGAUGAAAUUAGUUAAAUUUGCCCUGCAUUAUAAACUGAAGGGCUGAAAAAUCAGCAACGAUCAAUUGUUAACAUGGCAAAUUGAACAUUCAAACGAUCCCGAUAACUGUUUUUAGUUUCCCUUCAGAAUUCGAGUUCCCGGGGUUCCACUGUAAUUAUUAAUUUUCUCCUUUUCAUGGUUUUAAAAAGUUUAACAUUUUUUUAUUAUUAUUUUAGGUAAGGUACAGUUUGAAGUGCGAGCCGAAGGAGGUGAAGAUGAAGGGGGUAUGGGCACGGCAUCUAUCAAAGUGAAUGGUGUAGAACAUUGCCCCAGAAAAGUUGGGCACAAUGUUGUAGUUCUUGAUCCCAGUGGUGAUGUCUGUGCUGUUAAAAAUUUCAACACAAAUGCUGGAGAAGGUCCUGCAUUGGGACAGUUCCUUGAUCAGCUGCCUGAGGAUCAUGUUGUUCUUGUAGCCACUCAAGGAGUAAAUGGCAAAGAGCAAGGUGAGAUAGUCUUACACUGUACCAUGAUGUAAGAAAUUAUGAAAUAGCCUAGUGUCUAAGACAAGCAAGUGUCAGCACUGGACUAUCAUAUUGAUACAUAAAUUCGAGAUUUUUGCGGGAAAUUAACAUUCGCGGGGUUGUAUUUUCGCGAUUUCAAUGGGAAAAUACGAAAAAGGGCUAUAUUAAAUUUUCGCAAUUCAAGUGUUGUUAACUUUAUUUAUUUUUCAAAACGUCUAAAAAGCUGUUGACCGGCGUAACCUUGGAGUUCAUUUUUAUUUGUUAAAAAAAAAGAACAGCAGUGUAAGGCCUCAUUAGAAACAACAUUUUUAUUUUUUAUAUUAUUUUUACUGAACCCUUGCAAGUGCUCCCAAUGUUUAUGUGUCUAUUAACCCCCCCCCCCCCCCCUCUCCCAUAAAAAAGACUCUUUCGUGCUUAUGAUGUCCAUUGUUUUUAGGUAACAAUGUCGCUGCAGCAGCUCCAGCGUUGGAGCGUUUAGGAGCUGAGGGACCGUUUGAUCCAGGUUACCAUGGCUCAUUCGCCUUCUCAGGCUGUACUGGUCCGACUCCAAGAUUUUACACUAAAGCAGAGAUACGGCCUCGAUACUACGGACCAGCGAUUGUUGCACAGCUCAUCCCAACACCUGCCGCGCAGAAAGGUUUGUUUUUAGAAGAACAAUCGAAUCGGUGUAGUAUUUCAGCUGCCAGGGUUUGUACACAGUCUUGAAUAAUUUCUUGAACAAAUCUUGAAAUUGUUUUACCCAGCAAUUUUCUGGCCUUCGUCGCAGACAUAAUUUAACGUACCACAAAUGCUUUUUAAGUGAAUUUUUUUCAUUUUGGUCAAAUCUUAUUCAAUUCCGCCCGUACGUUUGCAGUGCAUCAUGAAAAAGCUUUGUUCCUGCGUUUUUAAGGUCUCUAUUGAUCACCCUUUUGAUAACCGUGAGAAAAAGAACUUAUUGUUUUGGAAAGAGUCUGGAAAAAGUCUGGAAUUUUAGAUCCGAAAAUCUGUACCAACCCUGAGCUGCGUUUUGGAAAUUAUUCGAAAGUUCAGCGAUUAGGCUGAAGAUUACACGUGUUUCUUUCAUUCACUGUUCAACGUUGUAACGAGUUCAAAACUGAUUAUUCUUCUCUCAGUGAAUUUUUUAAAUGGAGGAUGAAUACCUGAAGAAGGGAAAAAAAAAACGGAGAAAGGAAACUGAAUGCCUCAUGACCGAGUUUGAGUCACUCAGUUAGGAGGGAGUUCAGAAAUGCAAGACGCUAGCCCUGUAAUAAUGAAGCUAUCUUAAAAGUUAUGAAGGAUGUUCAGUGUCAACUUAAAUCACAAUCCUCACGAACUGCGGUAGUUUCGGAAAAGUGUGACGAAAUCUCCACGGCGAUUGAUAUUCAGAUGGUACUGUAUAUAGGUAGAAACAUAUAAAUUAUUAAUUGAAGCUGUUUAUUGCUGUGGCUGCCAUGAUGAAACCCUUAUAACCCGCCCAAAGUUUUUCUAGCCAAGAAGAUACCUGCACCUGUUACGCUCAUGCAAAUCCAGUCCUUAGCAUGCGAACUCUUCUUGACUUGAUAGUAGAAGAAUGGAAUGAUCUUCACUUAGCUCGAGCAAGAGCUUUCUUGUCAAAUCCCAAAUACUCUAUACCACUUGGAAAACUAAACGUUGAAUUUUGUGGUGACCGGUCGCUCCGCUAACGCCCCGUUCGCUAACUUCUUAAGUAAUUUCGCUUACGAAACGAAACGAGCGGUACUCAUGUGUAUACUUCGUUCUUUCAGCCUUGCCACCAAAAUGUCUGAUAAACGUGUGUACACCUCGUUCUUUAACCCAUUGAUCAAGCAGUAGCGAAAUGACUUAAGACGCUGGCGAAAAGUCGGCGAAAGUUGCAUGGAAAGUGCCGGUGAAUAUUGACAAAAAUGAUAUACACUAAAGCUUCUUGUUGCUUAUACACCGUACCUAUUCUUGACAGGUUUAGUGAAAGUUAAUAUAGUUGCUGAAGGAGAGGAUGAUCCAAAAGCAACAGGCCGAACAUCAAUCAAAGUGAACGGCAUUGAGAGAUCUCCAAUGAUGCGAGGACACAACAUAGUCGUCCUGGACAGCGACAGAAAUUUCAUUAUGGCUGCUAACUUUGACACAGCAGAUUCAACCAAGGGGGAGGGUGUGAAAAUGGCCAAGUUCUUACAACAGCUUCCCCAGGAGAGGAUAGUGCUGAUUGGUACUCAGGGGACUACUGGUGGGUACAGGUUUAGGCACAGGGAGCCCACACAAGCUGCUUGUGUAGCUUUUUUUUUUCCGGGAACUCUGUGUUUUACCGCGUAAUUGUUUAAGAUUGGCAAAAUACGUACUAAUUGCCAAUCGGCCUAAGACAUAGAAACUGAGCGUUCUUAGGGAUUUUAUUUUUAGACUUUAACUGAUUUAAUAGGAUGAGACCCUUCUUAGACACCUUGUGCCCUGGCUUUUACUGUUGUUGUUAUUGUUGUUGUUGUCAAUAAUUUAUCUUGCGAGCAAGCUCUCCAUUUGGGGGCGUCGCGAGAAGUCUUGCUUGAGAGGCACGCGAAGGGAGACGAGAGCGCGAAGGCGGGGAAAGAGCGCUCGCGGGUUCUCUCGUGACUCGCGAGUUUGCUCGCAAGCUGUCAAUAAAUGUAUACAAGUAUAUUCUGCCUUGUGUCGCUGAGAUAGUGCUAUUACAAAUCACGACAAGCUGACACUAAACGUCUCCUUUAUCAGGCACAUCAGUGAACAAUGCCAAAGAGGCCCUUUAUGACUUAGGCGCUUCAGGAAACGUCCACCCGGGCUUCCAUGGAUCUUGGGCCUUUGUAGGUUACACAGGUCCUGAGCAAGUUAAAUGGGCCAAGACAAUCAGCCAACCACGAUACAAGGGACCUGCUGUUAUCGAGGAGAUGAUAACUAGUCCAUCAGCUGAGGCAGAAAUUAGUGAGUUAUUAACCAGUCUAAUUUUGAUGACAGUGUGUUGUUUAAAGGGCUACAUAAGCUAGAAUGACUUCGUGACCAUUACGACUUAGAUAGGUCCCGUAAUCAGCCUUUAAACUCGGAGCCCGAAGUAUGGGGCAUAUUUUAAUUUACCAGUAAGCUAUUGCCCACUCUGUACCUUCGGACCGCCGAAAUUUUCAUAAUACAAUUUAUGAAAACUAGUUUUCCGAUCCUACACUGUUUAUUUACGCUCUUUUGUCCCCUUCCCGUUGUGUUAGUGGUGAAACUUUUCAAGUGCAUUUUGUUACCGAAUUAAUAGUGAGGUAACCAUCGGGAAAGUGAGAGAUCGAUGAACUUUAAUUAAUUAUUUCAGCGUUUAAGAUUGGCUAUUGAAUUUUUAAAGCUUCAACGCCAACACGUUUCCUUUUAAAAUUAGAAACAAUUAUUUGUCAGAAACAUGUCUAGCAUGUCUCUCCCCGACACUCUCAUGUCGGAGAGUUUCUCGAGCCUUUGCUUUUUUCCGUGGUUUUAGGUGCAAUGACUGCGACAGAAUCCGAAUAUGAACCGGUAUCAGAUUAUGAAUGGGAGGGAGCUCAGUCAGAUUACGAAGCUCGGUCAGAGUUUGAUGACACUGAUGACUGGGACAAAGACAAGAGCAUGUCCAAGAGAAGUGCACGGGUAUAGUUUAACUUAUUACAUGUAUUAUGGUGGUAAAUUGUCAGUAGAGUGUAUACUACAUCCUGCGAGCGGAGCAAGCCGCGAGAGACUUGUCUGCUCUCGCGUAACUUCUCGAGAGAGCUUGCUCGCAGGCCGCAUGCUUCAUGUUUCGUAGUUGUCAUGACUAAACACUUUGCUAGUGUAAUUGUGAAAGCAGUUAAAUGUAAAUGACGAACAACUUAAAUUUAAAAAAUCCGCUCUAUAUUAAUUGUUAAAAAAGUCAUCUUUUUAACUACCGAAAUGACGAUGAGUUUAGUCACUCUGCUGCGCCAAAAUCGCCCGUUUUCUCUAUUAUUACGCCGCUUUCUUGGCGCAUUCAUGCCUGAUUAGCCCGGCAGGGAUGUCACUAAGAUUUCAAGUUGCCGGGUAAAUACAACAAGUAGGUGAGGAAUCAAUCAGCUAGGGAUUUCUUUUGGUUCUAUAUUUCUUCUAUUUACCUAUGAAAGUAACCGGGGGCCACGUUCAUAAUAGGCGGGGUAAUCCCCGACCCCGGCUCUUAAUGACAGCCCUGCAGCCCGCCUCAGUGGCUCAUUGAUAUGCGUACAUGUCCGACCAUUUCUUCCGAUGGUGUAUUUCAUUAGAUUCAAAAAGCGCCAAUAAGAAUCUUUUUUACUAAGAUGUCGGGCAAAAGGAACUUUCAUGUGUUGCCCAGUUUUGAAAGGCGAAUGAAUUUGAAUCAGCAUUUCCAUGACUGUGUUUGAUCAUGUAGCAGGCUACACGAGCGGGUAAGGUAAAGCAAAUUCUGCCCGCGCAAGAUUGACCUAGCUUGGGAUUUUUCGCUUCGUUCCGAAAGAAUGUUUUCUCUUUUGUAGCUGUGCUAUAUGACAAGAACAAUUUAUGCGUGUAAAACCAAAACCGCAAUGGCUGUUAGAAAGCGCGGGAAAAUGCUUGCAUGUCUGAUUGGUUGAGAAAGUGCCACGAUUUAUUUUUUUCAGCCAAUUGCUACCCAGUACCAGAUUAACUACCAAAUUAGGAACUCAUUUGAAAGGUACUCAUAAUUUCAAACUGUUCUAUAUUUUCUUCAGUCACUCAUGAGAGCUCUACCAGCAGAAGAAAAAGCCAAGAUUGAGCAGCUGACAGAAGGACUGAAGUUAGAGAAGAGAAAGCUGGAAAGAGAAUUGACCAAAUGGGACCAGAGCGGAAACGAUAUCAUCAUCCUUGCAAAGAAGAUGUGUAUGAUGAUGAUGGAAAUGUCGGAUUUCACUCGGUGGGUCUUUAUUUAUCGUACGGAAUCAAAUAUCGGAAAGACCGGUGAACAUUCCUUGCGUAGAAAGUUGCCAAUACUGGUAGUUGGGCAUAGGCGCGAGGAAAAUUUCUAGCGUAGUUGCCGUAAGGGCAACACGAUAAAUCCGAUUUAAUAAACCUGCAAACGUUCAGUUUAGUUCCCUUGGCACAUCACCUUUAAAGCCCAAGGGAACGGUUACCUCCGAAUUAAAAAGCAGCUGUUUAAAACAAUCGCCACAGAUGUUAAUACUGCAUAUAACUUUGAAUGAGGAAUUAUCAAAACAAUUAAGUGAAAAGUUAUUUCUUUCAACGACUACCCUUUAACUUUCCUCUUUCAUGUGCAAAGACAAAGGUCGUGGGAUUGGACUUGCAUGAUCCUUACAUCCUUUUAGUGAUAGAUUAGAGAGAACGUACGGUAUUUGGGACUUUGAGCUGGGACGGUGUUGUGUCGAAAUGCACUAUGGCACUUUUUUCAGGGACGCCAUAACUUCUGGUGUUGGCUAUCACGAGAUUGCGCUAGAAACUGGGGGCGCUCUUUUCAACCGAAACGUCCGGUUUGAAUUUUCGGCAACUUCCAGGAGCGAAUGGAACGGCAUUCUCCAAAAUUUCCAAAAACAGGGCAACCUCGCGAGGUAUACCCAAAUUGUCGAAUUUUUUUCCCGGAAGUUUUCUUUCCAGUCAACUUUGCUCCCGGAAAAUCUAGAAUUUUCGGUUGAAUGGUUCCCAAUUCGGAAAUUCAGCAGUUUCCGGGAAAUUUCUGUACGAUUUGCCGCCGUUUCCAAAUUUUGGAAAGUUUUGGUUGAAUGGAAAGCGCCCUGGGUCUAAAUUCGACACGACACUGUCCCAGUCUCUCGCGUGACCUCAAAUUGCCAUUCUCAACUGAAUUUGCGAAUUCAUUCUUAGGGGAACUGGGCCUUUGAAAACAACAAUGGAUGUGAUUGACGCUGCCAAGGUAAUACGCUUAUCCAUGUUACGUUUAGUGUCGAUCAAAGGUGUGUCAAAUUCAUCAACUAGGAGCUGGCCGCCAAAUUGAGCAAAACACCUGUUUACGGCUAAAAAAGUUGAUGAAAGGCUUGAAUGACACUGCAAAUAUAAAGAAAGCACGGAUGGGCAAAAUUAAAGAAGAUUUGAACGGAUUCAAAUAGGGUUUUAGAGACUGUUUAGCCUAACAUUGUUAGAAGUGUAUCUCUUUUUUUUAGGAGCCGAUUGUUUAGUUUUAUCUGUCAAGUAGCAGAUUUUUAAUUUACUAGUAAUUUCUUCGCAAAACUUAAGUCCUUAAGGAUUGGUAAAUGGCAAAACUAAACCAAAGGACUGGACUGUGACCAGUAACUUGAUGGGUGAACAACCUGAGUCUUUAGAAAGUAAACAGUUUUUUUUGGUAGCUGCUGUAUUAAAAAGCUUUGGUAGAAGUUUCCAUUAUUUAUCUCUUAUAUAGCUGUCAUUUUGUUAUUUUAGAGGAUUGCUAAGGCUGGAGCCAGGAUGAACCAAAAGGCGUCAGAAAUUGCAUCAAGGGUAAGCUCUGAGCAAUUUUAUUUGCUUUAACAUAACCUGGAGUUGAUAGUGCCAAACAAGGAAUUAAUAGGUUUACGAAGAAAUGUCGACUCGUGCUAUUCUUUAUGUAUUCUCUCUGAAAUACUUUUAUUAUCUCUGCUUUUCAACAGUGUCCUGAUUCAAGCUCCAAGAAUGACCUGUUAGCGUACAUACAGCGCAUUGCACUCUACUCUCAUCAGCUGACUAUCACAGCGCGAGUUAAAGCUGAUGUGCAGAUGAUUAGUGGUGAACUUGUCGUGUCUGGGGUAAGUGGUUCUUAAGUUUAUUUCAAUGACUAGCCCCGCGUUUCUUCCUCGCAGGAAUAAUUUGCAAAAUGACUAUGUACUAGCCGCCUGCAGCAUGCUGCAUGCACAGUACGCGAGGAUCAUUCGUUAAGGAUUUUUCCAUCGAAAAGUACUUUUAGGGCUGCAUUGUGUUAGGAGUGGUUUUGGGGCGGUUUAUGUUAACUUUGAAGCUUAAAUGCUAUGCACUAAGUUUAAUGAAACCAUUCUUUGACUCUCACGUUAUCGUAAUGAUAUAUACUUUUCUUGCAGUUGGAUAGUGCCACAUCUCUGAUCACAGCUGCCAAAAAUCUUAUGAAUGCUGUUAUCUUAACUGUCAAAGCAUCCUAUGUAGCUAACACAAAGGUACAGCAAACUGUUCAUUUCAGUCUAUCUCUAUCUCUGUCUCUGCCUCCUUAUUUUCUCGGAAAAUUUUCUGUGUUAUUUUUAAGGGAAUCCAAUCAUCAACAUCUUGCCAGAAAGAAUUAAACUGAAUUUACUUUUUAACCUUUCAUAUCUCAAUUCAAAUUUCGCACUAACCCUGGGUUAUCUUAACGCAGCUUUGAACAACCCGGCCCAGGUUGUUAUUAUGGUGGAAAAUAUAUGGUCUUCCCGUUGUGUUAUAAUAUGCUUGUAACCAAUUGUAUUAAGCCUUGGUCUGACUUUAUUUUGUUUAUUUUCAUCUUUCUGCAGCACAAGUCUGGAGAAGCUAGGGUAAGCUGUUACUGUAGGGUAAAUUAUUACUGUGUACAUGUAUAUAAACCUUGACACCCAAGAUUAUUCACACCUCUGUUUUCUCGUAUUAAGAUUAACGCCCAAACUGGGAAUAUUUUUGUAGUCUCGUUCGCCAACUUUCCACUCCUAUCCGCUCACGCUUCGCUCUAGUUUUCGCUCACUCUUUUUCGCGGUCCUUCAAGCUUUCGACUGUUCUGUAGCCUGCGCCAAAGACGAAACUAAACCGACUUAGGAGUGGACCGUAUUUACUUCCUCGGUAGCCUGCGGAGCUGGCGGGAUUGUCAUUUCCGUGGUGCUCUUCUCGCGGCUCCACCAUCAUCAAAAAACUUAACUACAGCACUCACCCGCUACUCCCUCCAUAUCAUAGUUAGUAGAAUGCAAUGGUUAUGAAACCUGACGGUGCACAGCGUUCUAUAGCAUUCCUAACAUUUUGAUCUUAUUGACCAACAAAAAACGUCCAAUUAAUUUAUUCCUUUACAAUAGACCUCUUUAGCUUGUAUGUUUUGUUUUCCUAAUACAGGUCGUGUGACCACACUCAAGGGAACUGUUUAUUUCAGAUUUUGUCUUAUUCACAUGCAUAUCUACGCAUAAUUUAUGAAAAGACAAAGGGUCAAGCUCCCCUGGGACCUCUACUGGGAAAACAAAACAUAAAAAGCUAAAGAGGUCUAUUUGUCAACAGAAAACAAAGGAGCUUCCAACAUAAACUGCAGCACUGUUGUUUUUGUAUUUGAUGUUUGCCGCCCUUCAUAACCAGUCUCCUCUUAUAACAGGCUACUCUCCGGGUAAUGAAGUCGAGGUUGAUACAGAGCAAUAAUGAUCCUCGACUGGAUGCUAAAUAUGUCAAUUGUAUGCGAUUCUUGAAGCGAUGCUUUUCUCUUUUUUCAUUGUAGACGUCUAGUAUCACGUGGCGCAUGCGUGCGCCGGAAAAGAAACCGCUGGUUAAUCUGGAGAAAGACGACCGCGUUCCACAACUACAGAGGGCGGAGAAAGUCAGGCAAGAGUCACCCAUACAAGCGCUUUCUGAAUUUGACACUUCAGAGCAGAAACGACAGCCCGACUUCUACUAGUAUGCUGUUCUUUUUUUCGGUCCGAAGUUGGCGUCAGCUGAGAAACGUCAAAACGCACAACCCACAACUUUGUAACGCACAACUUUGAAAGUAUGGAGUUGAUCUUCAAGUUGUCUGAUAUGAUUUUAACUGCGAUGGCUGUACAUAUUUUUUCGAUCUCUCCAGCGAGUUUUUAAACUGAACGAAGUAGUUUUGACACUGGUUCUGCAGGCCCUAGAAUCUUUGAGAAUUUGAGAAGUGCAAAGAAGUUAAGUUAUGAGAUAGGCUCUCUGUGAUUAAAGGAGUUAUGUCACAAGGAUAUUGCUGUUUUAGGUUAAUUCUGUUAUUAAGUCAUUAAUUAGUGUCCUUACCCAUACACAAAAUGCUCCUGUAGAGUUCUGUAGAAGAUAUCAGAGAACCAUUUUAACUUUUUGGGAUUUUUUUAUAGCCUGCGAGCAAGGUCUCGGAGGCACUCUGGCGACGGGACGGGAAAAGGAAGGACAGCAUGCAACCACGUUUCUGGAAUUUUGAAUAUCUGCAUCGAAAAAGUCGAUGCGAAAUGCGGAUUGGCGGAGAUGACAUUGGUAAUGACGUUAUUAUCCUUGGCACGUUUUUUUUUUUUUUUCAAUGUUCGUUUACAUUCGCGCUCUUUUCCGCUUCACACUGAUUGGCGGAAAUCUGACAGCUUAGUCGACGGGGAGCCACAGGGGAAUUGGAGGUGGAAUAUCAAAUUCCAGAGACGUGUUGCAAGCUCUCCUUUUUUCUUCCGCCCCGUCGCCAUAGCGCCCGGAUAGCUUGCUCGCUGGCUAGAUUUAUUACAGUUGUAGCAUUUUAAAAAUGGUCCUAUUUUUUAAAGUUUCAAUGGCUCUUGUCUAUGCCCAUCCUUGCCAUCCGCAGCAACAGACGACAAGAAGCUGUUUCAAUGCCUAAGGGUGCGUUUCUUUAAUAAAAUCCAAGAUCAGAUCAAAAAUCCAGAUCAUUAGGGUUUUCCGUUAGGAAGAGAAACGAUGUAUCCAAAAAAGGAUUAUUUUUCAUUCAUUUCCAUAGAAACGACCCACAAUAUCGACAGUAUUUCGGAGAAACAAUAACACGGCUGCUGACAGUUGAAAGUUUACUUAUCUUCCAUUGUAGUUUGGACCAGGAGCUCAAGGAUACUGAAGACAGGUUUUUGUUUUUCAAUAAGAUAGUAAAUAGCCUGACAUAGCUCCUUUAAACUUCAUCACCAUCUCAUUGUAUGAAAUGGCUGGGGUGUUCAACGGUUUUACUUGACACUCCCUGACACAGUUGAGAGCAAGCAC